AUGUUUUCACUUCUCAAAGAGAUUCAUAGGUUCUCCACUAUCCGAAAGCCCGCCACCGUCAGGGUUAUGGUUUACCGGAGGGUUGAAGACUGGGAUGCGUGGUUUCAGCGCACACUCGACUUCAUUCUCGUCAAUAGUGAAGGGAGGAAGAUACACGCGACCCUCAAUACACGGACUAUUGACCGUUUUGAUUCUCUUCCGGAGGGAGCGUGGGCACAAAUAUCCGGCGUCGUUGUUUCAACAACGAACUCGAGGAAUUGGGACCAUUUCCUCUCGACGCACUCGUGCAUGCUUGUCCUUCUGUCCGACGCGACCAUAAUCCCGAUUCCGCCUCUGACGAAUCGCCAAUUCUUCAACUUCACUCACUUCGACGAUGUCGAAUCCGGAUACUUCAACGAAUAUAUCCUUACUAAAACCGAAUAUAUUUAG